AUGUCAUUCGAUGAUUUGACCGACAAUACAAGGUCUGUAAGGAAUAUCCCAGGAGCAAGAUUCAUAGAACAUGUAACAGAAUUUUUACAAAAUAAAAAUGAGGAAACUAUUCUUCGAUUGGCAAAAGAACUUUUAUUAAAAUAUAAAUUUAUGGAGCACACUUUUGUAACUAGACAAAUGAAUACUGAAAAGAAAAUACCUGAGUUAAAAGAUGCUUUAAAAGUUGUAAAUGCCUUAUAUAAAAGAAAGCAAAUGAAUGAAACCGGAGCCUUGGAACAUUAUUUUCCCCUUGAAGAGUCGUUAUAUGCUAAGGGAGUAAUUGAAAAAUGUGAUAAUAUUCUUCUUUGGCUAGGGGCUAAUGUAAUGGUUGAAUUUCCAUUCAAUGAGGCUAUAGAGCUUUUGAAUCAGCAUUUAGAAAGAGCAAUAAAUUUGUCUGAAGAAAUGGAUAAGGAACUUGUAUGGUUACACGAACAAAUAUCAACAACUGAAAUUAAUAUAUCAAGGAUUCAUAAUUAUGUUGAGAUGAAAAAAGGGAAUAAAGAAAAAAAUGCGAUUGAAACUAAAGGAUAA